CCUCAAUCUACCAACACAUCAGAAUUGCCUGGGCAAAGCAACCUUUCGUCUGACCAGAUAAGUGCACCUGACAUGUCAUCUAACUCUAUGGCUAUUCCUGUGACGUCAAACAUUAGUACAACAGAGGGAAAUUUUUCGGUUGCGGCGUCUGCUGUUUCUUCUGGACAGACAGUUGGACUCUCAAAUACUACCACUCCUGUAUCCAAUAGUGCGACGACGACGUUAUCAAUGGAAACUACGGGCAAUGGUGUUGAACCGGAAAUUGCACGUGUCAUAAUGCCUUUUAUGGCAUCAAGUGUUGAACAGCUCAGUCUUAAGGUGGGCCAGCUUGUUCAAAUCAGAAAACGCUCGCCAAAGGGUUGGUGGGAGGGGGAAUUACAAACUUUUAAGCUAGUCUGA